GCAUCGGCGACGCGGUAAUCCUCUAAGGAGAAUGCCACGAGGUAAUUUAUGGUUGUAAAUGACUCGUUCAAUUAGUCGACUCGCUUCGAAGGUUCGGGAUCUCAUUGGUCGGCGAGUUCUAAGAUGGCGGCGGGUCGGCUGGCGGAACCACGUGGUUGCCGGUGCGACUUUCAUUGUUUGGGGGUGUUUGCGGGCGAGUCUUUUGUUGGAAGUACGGAGUUUUAAGUACUUACCGUAGGUUAGUAUCGAAUGUGGCUGAUAAGCUGAAACGCGCUUGCGGUUUAUCAAGGAGGCUCGCGGUCAUGCGCAGUGCUGCCGGGCGAAACCGUCGCGUGUUAUUCUUUUGUUCGCGUCCUUCGCGAUCCGCGGUCUCGUGACGCGCCAGAAGACGCCUAUCGAGUAACGGUUGUAGAGGUUAGAAUUGCCGAGAAAUGACCGAAAAGAAAGUGCAGGAGAGGAAUGCGGAGGUUCGCGAGAAGAUGCUCGAUCUUCAGGAAGUGAGCAUUGGACCGAUGCCGGCGAGCUCGCCGUGGAUACGACCGGUUCGUAUGACAUUUUUACAGAACGGCCGUGAAAAAGUAUGGGACUUGAUGAGAUCUCACGAUAGCGUGAGUAUGGUCAUUUUUAAUACGACGCGCAAGAAGCUCGUCUUUGUCCGGCAAUUCCGUCCUGCCUCUUAUGUUUCGUGCCUGCCGGAGAUACCCAAGGUCGAUGUCGAAAAGUACCCUGCAACUCUUGGCCUAACCUUGGAACUGUGCGCUGGUAUCAUAGAUAAAGACAAACCGAUCGUCGAGAUCGCGAAAGACGAACUAAGAGAAGAGUGCGGGUACGAGGCUCCUGCUUCUGCCUUCACAAAGCUCCAAACUUACAGGUACAUCGCAUGCUUGGCAACCCGACAAACCCUUUUCUAUGUCGAAGUUACGGAUGAUAUGCAUGUACAUCCCGGAGGGGGAGAUGAAACAGAAGGUGAACUAAUCGAAGUGGUGGAAAUGAGCGUACCAGAGGUUAAGACAUACAUCAGUUCUGAGGAAAUACACAGCCCUCCGUGUUUUCUCUAUGGUGUUACCUGGUUCCUUGCAAACAAAAUCGACCGUUAUUGUUAACUAGUCUACAAUCUUCCGUUAUGAUUAAUUG